AUGGCGUAUCCUUUGCAGUUUGCCUACCGGACCCAGAAGGCCAUCGGUAUCACCGACGCCGCCCCCGUCUACGAGCCUGUGCCCGGUUUCGUCAAGCCAGAAGGGAAUCUGCGGUCUUGUGUCUACUCGCCCUGUGGCCGCUUCCUCGCCUGGGCCACCAACGAGACCGUCGCCGUCGUCGACGCCUCGGCUGGCCACGUCAUCACCGCCGUCCCCGUCGUCCAGAUCUACGAGGUCGCCUUCUCGCCCCGCGGCACCUACUUCAGCACCUGGGAGCGCCCCUCCAAGGACGAGAACGGCGAUGCCACCAAGAACCUGAAGAUCUGGCGCACUGUCGAGGAGCUGCCUGAGGGCGCUGAGAAGCAGCCCAUCGGUCGCUUCGUCCAAAAGUCCCAGGCGGGCUGGAACCUGCAAUACACCUCGGACGAGAAGUUCUGCGCCCGAAGCGUCACCAAUGAGGUUCAGUUCUACGAGAGCCACGACCUGACCACGGUCUGGAACAAGCUGCGCGUCGAGGGCGUCACCGACUUUGCCCUGGCCCCUGGCACCAGCCACAACGUUGCCGUCUUCGUCCCAGAGCGCAAGGGCCAGCCGGCUGCCGUCAAGGUCUUCAACGUGCCCCAGUUCCACAGCCCCAUCUCCCAGAAGACCUUUUUCAAGGGCGACAAGGUGCAGAUGAAGUGGAACAGCGUGGGCUCGUCUCUGAUUGUGCUGGCGCAAACAGACGUCGACAAGUCCAACAAGAGCUACUAUGGUGAGACCACACUCUACCUGCUGUACGCCAAUGGCGGCUUCGACGCCCGCAUCACGCUCGACAAGGAGGGCCCCAUCCACGAUGUGACGUGGUCCCCCAACGGCAAGGAGUUUGGCGUCAUCUACGGCUACAUGCCCGCCAAGACCACCAUCUUCAACCAGCGCGCCGUCGCCAUGCACUCGUUCCAGCUUGCGCCCCGCAACACCAUCAUCUUCUCGCCGACCGGGCGCUUCGUCCUGGUUGCCGGGUUCGGUAACCUGGCGGGCCAGAUCGAUGUCUACGACAUGGACAAGGACUUCCGCAAGAUCUGCACCAUCGAGAGCGGCAACCCCAGCGUCUGCCAGUGGAGCCCCGACAGUCGCUACAUCAUGACGGCCACCACCUCUCCUCGCCUGCGAGUCGACAACGGCGUCAAGCUUUGGCAUGUUGGUGGUAGCAUCAUGUACAAUGAGGACAUGGUCGAGCUCUACAACGUGAGCUGGCGCCCGUGCCUGCCAGAGAACGUCCCGGCUGGCGACCCCCUCAACCCCGUCCCCCUGCCUCAUGCCUCUGCGGUCGCCUAUCUGGGCACGGUCAAGACGCCGUCGAAGCCUGUUGGUGCCUACCGUCCCCCUGGUGCCCGUGGCAUGUCGACGCCGCUGCACUUCCGUCGUGAGGACGAAGGUGGCGCCGCCCAUGUCGUGAGCAAUGGCACGCCCAACGUCGGACCUAACGGAUUCGGCCGACAGCGUCGCCAGGUGCCGGGUGCCGAGCUUAUGGAGUCCGGGCCCCGCGCCGUCCCGGGUGCUGCCCCCGCCGUCCCCGGUGCCGAGGCAGACGACAACCUGUCCAAGGCCGCGGCCAAGAACAAGAAGAAGCGAAACAACAAGAAGAACAAGACCGGUGAGAAUGGUGAUGCCAACAAUGCCGGCGGCCUUGCUCCCCCGGCUGGUGACCAGGGUCCUGGGUCCGGUAACGAGGGACGCAGCCCGGAGCGCCGUGGCAACCGCGCCAACAACAGUAACAACCACCAGCACAACCGCAGCCGCUCGCGAAACAACAUGCACGGAGGUAACAACCCGGGCCGUAAUCGCAGCAACACGCAGCGGAAUGGUGAAGGGUACCAGGUGCGGGAUGGCGGUGCGCCGCUGAACCCCCAGGCCCCGGUUCACACGCCGGCUCAGCAGGUGCCCGUCAUCAACGAGACCCCUCUCUCGCCGGGUGGGCAGAACCCCAUGGCCAAGAAGCUCCGCAGCCUCCAGAAGAAGGUCCGAGCGAUCGAGGAUCUGGAGAUGCGCCUGGCCGGCGGCGAGAAGCUCGAGGACACGCAGAUCAAGAAGAUCCAGACCAAGGGCUCUGUCCUCAAGGAGCUGGAAGCCAUGGAGAGGCAGGGCAUCUGA